UACUGAUGAGGUUGGCGUUGUUUUAGGCGCCAAACCGGUCUAACAACAAAUCAUAGCAGACAAGACAACAGUUUGUUUUUCUGCGGUGAAUUACACGGAUGUCUCCAUCGAUCUCAUCGUUUCAUCAUGGAUCGUAACAGUGACACGUCCAUGCUGUCUGAUGAACUCAAACCCAGGCGAACUCCUGUGCCACCAUCAUUCGGAGAAACUGUACCCCGCCCUUCAGUUCCAGAUCUUUCUAUCAUAGAGACACCUUCAGGUGGUGCCCCAAGUCAGAUCACAACCUCUGUGGGUCAUGUACAAUCUGCCCUCAGUCACCUUUCUUACAAUGACUGGCGUCAGAAAACAGGAGCCAGUGCCAUAAACGGCAUCAACCUUGGUCGCCGCAGCACUGAAGCAUUUCUACCUACAGCUGUCCCUCCUAUUCAGAAAUCUCCCAGCAAUUAUGUCCCUGUCAGCACGGGUGGCAACCUUCAUAAUCAGGAAAAUUUGGACUUUAGGAGGGAUAGAGUUGAGGAGCGCGCAUGGAGCAGGCCCAUUCAGUCUGCAGGAAAAACUGUCUCUUACAACGAUUUUAAAACUAGACCCACUAGUGCACCUGCUCCAAGAACAUUGCCUGUUGAUAACGGAGUUGGACGGGAUCAUCCCCUUGCAAAGAGUGCACCACCAAACAGAUCAUCUGGGCAUGUUCAGAGCCCCGAUACGCAAAGAAAUUUCUCUCCAUCCUCAGAUCUUAACCACUAUACUCAUCAAGUGCAGCCUAUGUCUGCCCCUGCAUUACAGCCCAAUGGGCACGGCUCACUGUCCAAUCAACUUGAUGAAUUGAGCUUGGUGCCAACCACCAAUCUCAAUUUGCAGCAGACUGAAGCAAGGAGCCUGGUGAGCAAUCCCACCACUCACAGGCAACAAUAUCGUCACAGUGGCAAUGGACGUACUUUCAAGAACCAAAUGUUAAAUCAAGACCACAUUGCCUUGAACUUGCAGCAGGCUGAAGAAAGGAGAUUGACGGACAAGCCCACUAGUCUCAGGCAACAAUACGGCCCCAGUGGCAAUGAACAUACUUUUAAGAACCAAAUGUUGAAUCAUGGCCACAUUGCUUGCAAUGAGAUUCCUUCUCAUCAUGCUGUGCCUAUGGGGAGAGAAAACAUGUGCAUGUACCCUGCUUAUUGCCAUGCUGGGAAACCUCCCAGCCCAUGGUCCUGUGCCGAGCAUCAUUGCCAUCCUCCUGUGGCUAUGUCUGCAACGGCACCACACCCUGUUAGCCACAUGCAUUCUAUGCCGGACAGCACUCUUCAGCCUCAUCCUCCACAUUCUCAUGUGUCUUUUGAUGACCUCUACAAAAUAGUUUUGGCUCAGAAUGACCAGCUAAAGGCACUCCAAUCUCAAGUGGAGCGGCUUCUCCUGACACAAGAUCACAAACCAGCAAUAGAUGCAUGCUGCAAAUCCAAAGAGGUUGAAAAGCUCCCUGUAGCCAUUUGCAAGUCUGAUGGUAAAGUGGCUGUAGAAGAAGCAACUCAGACAUCUGAUAGUGAGGAACAACAAGAGGAUUGUCAAAAGAUGUCGAUUGGUGUGAUGACCAGCUUCAUUCAUGCUGUAACAUACAGAGGCAGAGUUGGGCGCCUUGAUGCAGUGCACAAUGUUUCUGAGCAUGAGAGUGCAUCUUCCAAUGGAAACCUCUCAAAACAAAAUAAAUCUUCAAGUGACGAUUGUAGCUCUUCUUCCGUGAGCCCCACUGCUACAUUACCUCAGAAAAAUUCAGGCUGCUCAAAUUGUUGCAAAGAUUGUACUUCACAGGAUAGACAAAAUGAAAAGUCAAAGAAGCAUAUUAGCAAGAAUGGAAAGUAUAAACAAAUUCCUAUUGAAACUCCCAAAGCAGUAACCAACAGUAAAGCAGCUUGCCCCGAGGGUUGUAUUUGCAACAACAAUCCAGGAGUUUCAGCGGCUAUUACUGCUGUUCGAGGAUGUCAGGCAGUGUUGGCAAGUAGGGCUGGGAUGACAGCGUAUGAGUACUCAACCUUUAAUGGUGCUGAUCUUCCAACUGUCACAGAACAACCAGUCUCUCCUAUGUCUUCAAUUCAUGUGGAUUUACAUGAUUAUGGAAGUUCAUCUUCUGAUGAGUCAGGGUCUUCAGAGAGUGAUGAGAAUGGAAGUUCGAAUGGGGAUGAGAUGAGCCCAACAAAGGAGGAGGGGUCUGAACCCAAGCCAAAUGGCUGGACAUUUUACAAUAAUGUUCUUGGACAGGUCAACAGAAUACUAGAAGAGAGAGAUUCAGGAGAGCAAACAUUUGACCCUCAUCAUUCAAAAGUGAUGCAGCAUCACAAAUCAACUGAUGUCAGUGUUUCGAAAAGAGUGGCAUUUGAAGCUAAUGAUGUAAAAGAAACCCCCAAGCAUUUAAAGGAGAUGGCUUUGAAAUAUUUGAGAGAGAACCACCCUGAAGAACUUGCAUCCAAUAUUUCUUCCAAAAGAGGAAAACAACCCCACAGUGCGAAAUUACAAGAAAUGGCAGUUUAUAACAUGCCCGCAUCCAAUAUGUCUUUUGCCACAUUUCGAUACCUAGAACGCUAUAAUCUUCUACCCGAAAAUUUCAACCCACAACAAUAUUUAGAGGCUACAACCAGUGUGCCUGGAUGUUAUCAAAAAUCUCAAGAGCCUCACCACAAUCCUAUGCCAAGUCGAGGAAGUAGGAAGAUGACAAAAGUAUCGUCAGGAAAGACGAAGAUGAAGUCCACUUUUCCCCAAACUUCAUCUGAAGAUGUUCAUUAUCAACUUCAUCAUAUGGGUAAUCGACAGCCUAAUCCAGUUCACCUUCACCGUCCAUCCCCAGGGAAUCAACCUCAGUUCAAUACACCCACUGGCAAGAUCCUAGAUAUUACUACUUUACGGCAACAACCUAAAUUGUUGUGAAUUUCAAUCUUGCAGUUUUAUUUACAGUCAAUUAAUUUUUCAGUUUGUACAUUUUUUAAUUUAUGUGAUUCUUUCUAAAACUUUUUUUACCUGUUAGAAAUGUAUAAUUAAUUAGUGCUUAUUUUUGAUACAAUAAUUUUAUUGACCUAUUAUCUAUUGUUUGAGCUCUUUUCAAGUCUGUUUUGUAAUUUUACAUGCACCAAUUGGAAAGGAUUGAAUAAACUCACAACAAAGUGCAUAAGUUUUUCAAAAAUAUAGAAUAUAUUUAUGACUAGAUGGCUGAACAAUGGUAAAGAACCUGAUACAAUUAUAGAGUUUACAUAGUUUUCUCACUCAUAGAUGCUUCAAAAAAUUUGUAGCAAUGUGCAAACAGUGAUUUGAAUGUCAGUUAUAGCAUCUUUAGAUGUAUGAAUAUCCUUUCAAGAGAAGUGUCAUGUCACUCUUAUGUCUGUUGAAUUAAAUCGAAAAGCUCUCACCACA